CGCUCCGUCACCACUAUCAACCUUUUUAACUGGGACAACAUGGCUACGCAGACGGGCCGUUAUUACAGCGAAGGCGGUAGGGCAACGAAAAGACAAAAAACCGACAACGACGGAAUGGCCACAGAGGGCUAUGAUGACCCACACAAGACCCUUCCUUCCGUGGUGGUGCACGUGAGAGGGCUGGUUGAUGGUAUCACAGAAGCGGACCUUGUGGAGGCCCUGCAAGAGUUUGGCCCAAUCAGCUACGUGGUGGUGAUGCCCAAGAAGCGCCAGGCCCUGGUGGAGUAUGAGGAUAUGAAUGGAUCGUCCACUGCCGUCACCUACGCUAACGACAACCAGGUGUACAUUGCUGGACACCCGGCCUUCAUCAACUACUCCACCAGCCAGAAGAUCUCCCGGCCUGGAGACCCGGAUGACGCCCGCAGCGUCAACAACGUCCUCCUGCUCACCAUUAUGAACCCCAUCUAUCCAGUCACCACGGACGUCCUCUAUACCAUCUGCAACAAUUGUGGCCCCGUCCAAAGGAUCGUCAUCUUCAGGAAGAACGGUGUCCAGGCCAUGGUUGAGUUUGACUCUGUGCAGAGUGCACAGCGGGCCAAAGCUUCCCUCAACGGAGCCGACAUCUACUCUGGCUGCUGCACCCUGAAGAUUGAAUAUGCCAAGCCGACACGCCUUAAUGUCUUCAAGAACGACCAGGACACAUGGGACUAUACUAACCCCAACCUGGGUGCCCAAGAUGCGGAGGCUGAUGGAAAUGGGAGCAAUUCAGAUGUGAAUGCCAACCCCAACAAGCGGCAGAGACAGCCUGCUCUGCUGGGAGACCACCCUCCAGAGUACGGUGGACAGGGUGGGUACGGGUACGGAUACGACGAGAGCUAUGGCCCACCGCCCCACGAGGGACGCCGUAUGGGCCCACCAAUGAGAGGGCGUGGUGGGCGCGGCGGCUACGGUGCCCCAGGCUAUGGACCCCCUCCCCCGCCCCCUGGCGAGUACAGUGCUCACGCAGACUCCCCCGUUGUCAUGGUGUACGGCCUGGAGGCUCUCAAGAUGAAUGCAGACAGAGUCUUCAAUGUCUUCUGUCUCUAUGGCAAUGUCGAGAGGGUGAAGUUCAUGAAGAGCAAACCUGGAGCCGCCAUGGUGGAGAUGGGAGACUGCUAUGCCGUUGACCGUGCCAUCACCCACCUCAACAACAACUUCCUGUUUGGACAGAAGCUGAACGUCUGUGUGUCCAAGCAGCAGGCCAUCAUGCCAGGACAGUCCUACGAGCUGGAAGACGGUUCCACCAGUUUCAAAGAUUUCCAUGGUUCCCGUAACAACCGCUUCACCUCCCCCGAGCAGGCUGCCAAGAACCGCAUCCAGCACCCCAGCAACGUGCUGCACUUCUUUAACGCCCAGCCCGAUGCCUCCGUCGAGGUCUUCUCCCAGAUCUGUGAAGAACUGGGUGUCAAAAGCCCCAUCAACAUCAAAUUGUUCACAGGAAAGGGAGGGGCAGCAACCAGCGAGCGCAGCUCUUCAGGCUUGCUAGAGUGGGAGUCCAUCAACGAUGCCAUGGAGGCCCUGUCCAUGAUGAACCACUACCAGAUGAAAAACUCCAGUACGUCCUCACCUGGUCCUUACCCCUACACCCUCAAGCUGUGUUUCUCAACUGCCCAGCACACAAACUGAGUCCAUUCUGGCCAUCGCCAUGGAGAUCGUUCUAACCUAUAUCCCUACAGCUCCAUUUCACAUUGUGUUCUUUCCAGACUGUUAGUUGUAGGGAGUUUGUGUGUCUGCAGUCAUGCCCUCCUGUCCUUAUUCUUUGGUAUUAUUAACAUCAUAAAAGAUGGAUUAAAUGUGAUAAAUGUUGUGGAUAAACAAUUUUUAUGCCUGGCGGAUGAAUAAGAACAUGCUUUUUGUAAUGUUGUUUUGAAUUUUACAAUAGCUCUCCCAUGUUGAAUCGUUGCUUUUGUUUUAUUUUUUAUUAUUGCUGUCUGCUCAGUACUGCACCUGCAUACACAAACAUGUUCAUGUCCAUAUGUUGAGGAGGGAGAGUGCUUCUUUUGUUGUAAGAAAAAUUAAAACCAAUUUGAAUUAAA